GCCUGGGAGACCAGCGCCGAAUCCUAUUUUGAUCCCAGCUGCCCUGGUGCAUUUGAGCGACGUCGGCAGGUCGCCGAGGAAAUCAUCGACUCGGUCGAUCCGGAUGAGGCAACCAAGUUCAACGCACAUGUUGGAAAGGCUACAGCUCUGGCGAUCUACGGGUGCGGCAUUUUGGCUGCAACCCAUGUGGGUGGCCUGCGUGCACUGGAACGUCAUGGCCUACAAUAUCCGAAGUUAAAGACCAUUGCAGGUGUUUCCGCGGGCUCUGUCGUGGCAGCCAUGCUGGCCAUCGGUUGCGAAGCACAGGAUAUCUUCAAACUGAUUGAAGAGAUGCCAUUUUACAAGCUCGCCCUGCCCGAGUUGGGCUCUCUGGUGCGGAUUCUGGGGACGAUCCUGCAGAGUAUGAUGAAAAGCUUGCUCGGCUCAUCCGCAGCUGCGGUACUUGAUUGCGUGGCAGAUGGCACUGGACCUGGGUUGAACAGUGGUUACAUCUUGGAGGAGAUGAUCGGAAGUGCCCUGAAGCAGAAAUGUGGAGACGAACACAUCACUUUGAAAGCUGUGAAAGAUCGCUUUGGCAAGCGCCUGGUGAUCCUCGCCUGCGAGCUGGACAGCGGCAAGGAGCGGCGCUUCACGCCCGAGACGGAUCCGGAACUCCCCCUGCGCGUGGCCGUGCGGAUGUCCAUGGGAGUCCCUGGGCUGAUGGAACCCUUCAGUUACCGAGGACACAUGUACUGCGAUGGAGGGAUGUGUAACGACUUCCCAAUGAACGCCUUGCCAGAGUCAGAGAUCCGUUUAGGUUUGAUGGUGAGGCCAGUGGAUUGGAUCCAACAUCACAGUGCAGGACUAGAUGCGGUGAUCCACAAGGAGAAGUUGGCCACCUUCCCGAAGGCGGCCGAACAUUUGACGGCCCUGAUGCAGCAGAAACCAACGCUGUUCUCGGUGAAGACCAUCCUGGACCUCUCGAUGACCUCGGUGAACAUCAUGAUGGACGCCAAUUUGGUGCUUCAGAUCGCCCAAGCGACGGCCAAGAUGAACCUCUGCGGCGGUGGCAUCUCGGAGUUGGCGCCCGAGAUCCUGACGUUAUGUGGCGGGCGUUUGGACCCAUUUGAUUUCAACCUGAGCAAUGAACAGCACCGAGAGUUAUAUUUGUCUGGACAGCUCAGCACACACCUCCAUGCCAGCAUGGUGGAUGAGAGCACCAAGGUGAUGAGCGAAGAACAGAGACUGAAACUCUUGUUAUAUUGUAUGCACUUGGAUUAUCCCAGCGACUAA